AGCACAGCUUUCCUUGCCCAGCUAAUGAGUGAUCCCAUGCUCAGGGAGAAGAAGUUGCUUAAGAUUGUCUUACGCAUCUUGGAAGAAAGGUCACAGGAUAGAAACAGCAUUGUCCGUCAGAUGGUUGUAAGAGGCCUGGGAAAUAUAGUCGAUGGGGCGCCUGUGAAGGUGAAAAAGCACAAGAAGUUUCUUCUGGACAUACUGAUCAAGGCCUUAAAUGACACUUCCAGUUCUGAAGUGAUUGGCGAGAGCAUGAAAGCACUGGCCAAAGUCCUGAAGGAGCUGAAAGAGAAGGACAUUGGUUCUUCCUUCAAAGACCUCACCCAACAGAUCCAGACCUACUUUGACGAUGAGGAUGAUGCUCUUCGCUCAAUGGCCUUUGUCCUAUUUGGCAUCCUGGCUCAGUUAACAAAGAAAAAAUGGAAGGCCUAUUUUGCCAAGCAGGUUCGAAAGAGCUGGGUCACACUUCUGCUGCAUCUGCAAGACCCAAUCCCCAAGGUAUCAAUGAGACUCCAAAAUGUGAUCAAUAAGCACCUUGGUGGCACAGAUGAGCUGAAGCCUGAAGAGCUCCAGGUGGACAUUUGCAGACACCUUGCCAAAGAGAAUGCAGAGCUGCUGGAGAACUUGUACAGCACCACCAUCACAUACUUCAGUUGCAGCUGGGAAGAGAUCCGGGCAGUUGCCGCCAACUUAGCUGGCAUCAUCCUGGAACACACAGACACUCAGCGUAUGAAAUGGCUGGACCUGAAACAUCUGCUGAUGUCUCUCCAGGUCCUAGAGAAAGACCCAAGUCCCACUGUCCAGCUGGUGGCAACUGAAAUCCUAAGUGACAUCUAUUCUGGUGGAGUGCUUGAGGAAUGAAGCAGAACGAAGACAAACAGAACAAGGCGCUCCAGUGGUAUAAGGGCCCUACCAUCAAUCAAAUGUU